AUGCCACUCUCAAUGGGCCUCCACUCCCUUCCGGGCGGUGCAGCAUCAAUGGUUGACCCUUAUUUUCCUUCCACUCCAGGAAUGGAUGGGUUUUCUCGACAUGGAACUUCAUCUUCCCAGCCUUCAUACUUCAGAGGCGCAGUCCCUGUUCCUGUGAUCUACCAACAAAGUGGAAGUCGUGGGUUUCCAAAUUCCCAAACAUUUACAGACAUAGACGUCAACAGCCGGCCCAUGACGCAGGGCACUCCAAUGGACUAUCAGGCCUACUAUGCCCAACCGGCCAAUUCGUCAAGCCAUAGGCGAUAUUCCAGCGCUUAUGUUGCUCAGGCUCCUAUUGGGCGACCACCACGCCAUGUCUCAGUACAUUCCGAACGGGAUACGACUAGAAUCUCCCCAGAUGAGUACAUGCAUGAUGUCAACUCUCCUCGAUCCUAUAACCCCCGCGAGUGCCUGGUAGAGACCGGCCGAUCCCGUCACGGCGACAGGUCCGGCAAGGCAAGUAAUGUAAAGUAUCAUUCGCAAAGACGUCCAUCCAACCGCGACGAAUUCGAUGGACCACAUCAACUUCUUGAGCCGCCAUCACCAAAGACCAUAGCAGCUCAGGAACGGGAGUUACCCCCACUCCCUACUAAUCUCGAUGUCUCAGAGCAAGACCGUAUUUUGAAUGAGGUUAAUGAUCGCCUCGCUCAAUGUGCAUUUGACUUUGUCGCAAAAUACCAAUUUCCAAUCCCCAUUGAACCGGAUAAAAGACAGGUGAGGGUAUCAGCAGACCGAGAAUGGACCGAAUGGGUUUAUUUGUUGAAGAGAUUGGCCACCAAGCGUCGGAUUCCUGCCCGGGUACUUCAUAAUGGCCAGAUCAAACAGCUUGUUACCGUUUUGGAGAAUUCCCUGGAGAUGCGUCAUGCCGCAAAGCAUCAAUCCAGGCCAGUAAAGGAUGACCGGAAUGUAUUACAACUUAUCUCCGCUGGAACCCAGGUUGCUAAGAUCCUCAAGGAUGCCACUGCCAUGGAAUAUUUGGACCGUCUUUACCAGGAAACCGAGCGAAGGGUCAAGGAACGACAGAGCCGUCGUGUGAAAUUUGCUUCUUGA